CACUGUCUCUCGUCCGUCUGCAGAUUCUAUCCCGUUAGAUUAGGGUCCACAUUCGGCGUCAGUGUAACCUUUUACAUGGGUGCAGACAGACGUAGCAGCCCUGCAUCAUUAUGGGAGCUGUGAGGGAUGUGUUCAGCGUCGCUCCCUGGAAUGCAGCAGGAGGGGUGGGUACAGGGAGUGCCACAGGAAGGAAGUGAUUUCAGAGAGGCUUUUGCUCUCUUUGAUCGUACUGGAGAUGGAAAAAUCAUAUACAACCAGUGUGGAGAUGUCAUGCGGGCUCUGGGACAGAACCCCACAAAUGCUGAGGUUCUCAAAGUCCUGGGAAACCCUAAGGCUGAUGAGCUGAACACCAAGACACUUGGCUUCGAUCAGUUCCUACCUAUGAUGCAAACCAUUGCCAAGAACAAGGACCAGGGCACAACAGACGACUACGUUGAGGGACUGAGAGUGUUUGAUAAGGAAGGCAAUGGCACCGUGAUGGGGUCCGAGCUCCGUCAUGUGCUUGUCACACUAGGAGAAAAGAUGGCUGAGGAAGAGGUGGAAAUGCUGCUUGCUGGCCAUGAAGAUCCCAAUGGAUGCGUUAAUUAUGAAGAGUUUGUCAGGCACAUCAUGUCGUUUUGACCUCACCCCCUGGAACUUGUACGGAUGGUAUUGAACGGCUGAAUCUUCUCCACUUUAUGCUACCAGCCAGACCAAAGGGGCUUCUUCAUAUAUUAAUGUUUCUAUCUGUUAUGAUAUAUUUUACUUGGAGGGACAGUUGGGGUAUAUAGCGAAGGGCCCUGACGGCUUUCCCCCUUUUGUGUGUCCUACUCGUCCCUCUCUCCGACAUGGUGGUGCCAUCAGAUCUCAUGAAGGAGCUGGUGCCUCUAGUGCAAGGUUUCACUGCAAGAUUGGCCCCCCAGAAUGGCAAAAAGAAUCUGGAGUCUCUACUACCACUCAGAUAGUAAAUUAUUAUAUUUUCCCUCUCACCAAAUAAAGAGCAUAUCAUGUUUUUUUUCAAAA